AUGGACCCUGGGAGCUUCCUCACCUUCGACCUCGGUUACUACCGCGGCCUGCUCAAGAGCCGAGGUCUGUUCCAGUCGGACCACGCCUUGCUAAUGGACGCGGCGGCAAGGGCCGACGUCGAGAGCGUCGCGAGCGGCCCGCCGGAGGUGUUCUUCCAGCUGUUCGCGCGGUCCAUGGUGAGGCUGGGCAUGGUGGACGUCAAGACCGGCGGCGAGGGCGAAAUCAGGCGGCACUGCACCGUCGUCAACAGCUAG